CUUUAACGACAAUUUCAGGUGACGAACAUGGCAACACCCAGUUAUUCUUUACAACACACUCCAACAUGGGCUAUUGCCCUUGUUUCCUUCAUUCUUAUCUCAAUCUCAAUCAUCUUGGAGCAUUUCAUCCAUCUCAUAAUCAAAUGGCUGAGGAAACAUAGAAAGAGCGAUUUGGUGGAAGCAAUAGAGAGGCUUAAAUCAGAGUUGAUGAUCUUAGGAUUCAUGUCGCUGUUGUUGACAGUAACUCAAGACGCUAUAACAGAAAUCUGCAUUCCAGUUAGGACUGCAGAUACUAUGCUUCCAUGUCGAAAACGUACUACCAAUGAUACUGCAAUUUUGGAUUCUUGCAGUGCCAAAAAUACUAGUGAGGUUGCUUUAGUGUCAAAACAUGGAAUCCAUCAACUUCAUAUGUUCAUUUUUGUUCUAGCUGUCAUGCAAAUCGUGUACAGUAUUCUCACCGUUUCUCUGGCAAGGGCUAAGAUAAGGCACUGGAAAGCUUGGGAUGAAGAGACUCAAACAAUGGAAUAUGAAAUUGCCAACGACCCUAAUAGAUUCAGAUACACAAGGCAAACAACAUUCGGAAGACGCCACAUAUCUACUACUACUGCAUCACCAGUGUCUGUUUGGAUUAAAUGUUUUUUCAGACAGUUCUUUCAUUCAGUAGAAAAAGUUGAUUACCUCACCUUGAGGCAUGGUUUCAUAUCAGCUCACUUUUCAGCUAGAAACAGCAACUUCGACUUCCAAAAGUACAUUGAACAGUCACUUGAGGAAGAUUUCAGAAUCAUAGUGAGCAUUAGCCCUGUGAUGUGGUUCACUGUUGUUAUUUUUCUGCUCGUGGAUGUACAUGGCUGGCAUGUAUAUCUCUGGUUAUCCUAUAUUCCCCUCUUGCUGGUUCUGGUUGUAGGAGCUAAACUUGAAGUCAUUGUAGACGAAAUGGCUCUUCAGAUGAAAGAUGUCAACAGUGUAACCAAAGGGACCCCACUUGUUUCUCCAAGUGAUGAAUUUUUCUGGUUUGGCCAUCCAGGAUUUGUGUUAACACUUCUGCAUUACACUUUAUUUGUGAAUGCAUUCGAGCUUGCCUUCUUUAUAUGGGUAUCAACACAGUUUGGAAUAAAUUCUUGCUACCACGAACAUAGAACAUUUACAGUCAUAAGGGUGGUGAUAGCGGUGGCAGUUCAAGUCCUAUGCAGCUAUGUAACUCUUCCCCUCUAUGCACUAGUGGCACAGAUGGGGUCACAGGUGAAGAGCAAAGCCUUGGCUAAGAUUCUGAGGCAGUGGCAUGUUGAGGUGAGGGAGAGAAGGAGGAAGCAACAGAAACUUGUGAAGUCUUUUAGUUUUAGCCAUAUGUCUUCAGAAUGGAACCAAGGAAAUAAGAGUGCCCUUGAGUUUUCUUCAGGGCUACGUGAAAACACUCGUUCCUCUAGUGAAGGAGAAAUUGUACAAGAGUUGGAGCAUCCCAUGAAAACACAGGCAAACUCAUCAAGUGAUCCACCUCCUUGUGUUGUCUAAUUAUAAUUGCCAAAUAAACAUUUUGUGUACAUGGAUUACAACUUCAAAUAGUAUUGAUUCUAUUGAACAUCAGAUUUGUAGCAGUGAAA